UUUGUUGCUAUGAUUGUCCUCGAUGCUCUGAAGGAAUGAUUUCAAACAUGACAGAUGCAGACCAUUGCAACAAGUGCCCUGAGGAUCAGCAUCCAAACACGAACCAGGAUCACUGCAUCCCUAAACAUGCUGUCUAUCUAUCAUAUGGAGACCCCUUGGGAAUGAUUUUGGGUUCGUUUGCUCUUUUCCUUUCUUUUACCACCCUUGUGGUAAUGUGGAUCUUCAUUCUACAUCAGAAUACUCCCAUUGUCAAGGCCAACAACUGGAACAUCACAUGCACCCUCCUCAUUUCCCUCUUGCUUUGCUUUCUGUGCUCCUUCUUAUUCAUUGGACAGCCUGGGAAGGUGACCUGCCUUCUCCGUCAAACAGUGUUCGGAAUCAUCUUCUCCCUUGCCAUUUCUUGUGUGUUGGCUAAAACCAUCACUGUGGUUCUGGCUUUCAUGGCUACUAAGCCAGGCAACAAGAUAAGGAAAUGGGUAGGGAAGAAGCUGACAGUAUCUGUCAUCAUCCUCUGUACUCUUAUUGAAAGUGGUAUUUGUGCAGCAUGGCUGGCAACCUCUCCUCCCUUCCCAGAAUUUGAUGUGCACUCCCAGACAGACCAGAUCAUUGUGCAAUGCAAUGAAGGAUCAGCCCCCAUGUUUUAUACUGUCCUGGGUUACAUGGGGCUUCUGGCUCUCAUCAGCUUCACUGUAGCUUUCUUUGCCAGGAAGUUGCCAAAUACUUUUAAUGAAGCCAAGCUCAUCACUUUCAGCAUGUUGGUAUUUUGCAGUGUUUGGUUAUCCUUUAUCCCAACCUACCUGAGCACCAAAGGGAAAUAUAUGGUAGCUGUGGAGAUCUUCUCUAUUUUGGCCUCUAGUGCUGGAUUGCUGGGCUGCAUCUUCCUCCCCAAAUUCUACAUUAUUGUUCUGAGGCCUGACCUUAACACCAGGGAUCAACUGAUAAAGAAAAAACAAAUAUAA